AUGAGAUUUUGGGUGACGUUAUUGAACAUUUCCACGGGUAUUGCCGAAAUUCUUCUGCGUCUAAGCCCCGUGCCAGAUAUGUACAAUGUCCACCGCAGCAAAAGUGUUGGGGAAGUGGCUGAAUUGCCGCUUAUAACAAUGGUGAUUAGCUGCCACCUCUGGACAACGUAUGGCUACGCGACGAACAAUUUGUUCCCCAUUAUGGGCUCUCAGCUCUUCGGUGAGGUCGUUGGUAUCAUUUAUAACAUUAUCUACUAUCGCUGGAGCCCCGAGGAGAAACGCGAACGGCUCCGCAAGCUCUACGCGGUGGCCUUAGCAGUGUGGAGUAUAGUAACGCUGUAUGUGGCGCUCGGAGUAUCGGGUGUAUUCGGCCAGAACAAGGAUGAGGUUGGCACGUCUCUCGGAUACUUUGGCUGUGCAUUUAGUCUUUCAAUGUUCGCAUCCCCAUUGGCCACGCUUAAGCACGUCAUCGACACCAAAUGCUCCGCUUCUAUCCCGAUUUACCUUUGCACCAUGAUUCUGGUGUCUACUGCGCUCUGGACAGGAUCGGGACUUGUAAAAGACGACUAUUUCGUGGCAGUGGUCAAUUUAUCGGCGCCUUAUUGGGAAGCACACAGAUCGCCAUCUACUUCAUAUAUAGACCUCGAGCGAAUGAAGACGUGGCGUUGGAGCUAA